CAGCAGUUGCAGUUGAACGCGUGCCUCUAGUAACGGAGCACAAACAGUAGGAGGAACACACGUCGCAUUGGAAAACCGAAAACACAGUUUCACUGACAGCUCCAACACCAGCUGACAUUCACCGCCGUCCUGAACGCGGCGGCGACGCGUAUUAGUGAAACACUUCGACAUGGAUACAUAUAACUAUUUAUAAAUGCGUAUUUCGUAGCGACGUGUGUUCAGUGGCCGGUCGGGAGUUUGUGGAAAACGCGCGUCUCCGCGUUACGGUGGCAAACUUCACGUGCACAACAUGUCAAACUUGACUGUGCCAAAAACGAUCAAAUAAACCGCAUGUAAAUAUGAUAGUACUCCGCGGCCGCGCUCCCUAUUGUGAUGUAACCGUGAAUUGAUAAAUGGAAUUUAUUCUCAAACAGCCAACAAGUUAACACGAUGUAAAAGUUAGCGCGUAAUCAAUGUUUACCUCUUCAGUGUUGUGAAUAUAGAUUAAUUAGUGUUUAAAACUUGAUGGAGAUGUAGGCUCAGUGCGGACUCUCGGACUAGAGACGGAUGGGUGGCAAUGGUUGUGAUAAAUCAAACGAGAAAUAAAACGAGUGAGUUCGUAUCGGUCCUGAAAGACUUACAAAUAAUAAUCUGGUUGUUAAUACUACCGUAAGUUGUGAUUAAACUCUAGGAAAGCAAAUAUAUUUAUGUAUGUACGAAUAAAAUAGUGAAUGUUAAGUAUUUUAUGUACAUAUGCUGGGUACCUGUUGUCGUUUUCGCGAUUUUAUUCCCAUUACAAACGUUGAAAGAUUGUCUGCGUUGGGAAAACGUCGCGGGUAAUUUCCCAUGAGGUUGUGACUACUACAAUAAACAAAACUGGAGCAAAAACUUGGAAGUUCCAUUGUUAUUCAGAUGUGAUCGCCGUUAUACAGUGAUAUAUAGUGCUGGACUCGUACUGCUCUGUGGCCUACACAUCUACUUUUAUGAAGAAUGAGUUGGUAGCCGACGACGCCCAUGUACUAUGGCAGCGGUGAAUUCGGUGCAGACGACGCGGCUGCCAUUGCCGACGUUCUCGCCGCGCGCGGUGCUGAUGUACAGCGCGUCGGUGGGCGGCGAGGGUGCCGUGGCGCUGCAGCUGCGCGAGGCGGCGCCGGGCGAGCUGGACGCGGCGCGCCUGCACGACGACCGCCUGGCCAUCGCCUGCCAUGAGCCAGAGCUACUGGCUGACCUGCUGCACGCUGCCGCCGAUAUUGAUGGUGAGCAUGACGGCUUCUCAGCUUUCUUGGGGUCAGCAUCCCCGGAGCUAGCUCUAGCGUCAGACGCGUCAGACAGCCUGCCACUGCCAGACCAGGAUAUCGAUUGCACAUCAUCAUCGUCGAGCCUGCUGGGCGGGGUGACGACGGUGUCGGUGGCGGUGACCGGGCUGGACUCGCGCCCGCACUCCAAGAAGGUGCGCCCGAAGCCCGCCUCGCCCAACCGGCAGGGACCACAGCAAUGCCAAGUAAGUGUCCUGGUCUAACGAUUUACUUUGCCAAUUCCCAAGCAAGGCAUCCGUUUCCUUCGUUGUCCAAACUGCGGUGCUUAUUCUUCUGGUAGCCAGCAUUAGUUGUAAGGAAAACGUGUAAUAAAGUAAUAUUGGCAUGAGGUAUAUUCAAAUCAAUAAGUUUGACUGUUACAAAAUGGGAUUGUAUUCUUUACAUAGCUAGUACACGUACAAGAGAGUAGGUAUAAUAAAUUAACGUAUUGAAAAAUAUUAAAAAAGCAUAUGCAGCUA